GCGGGGGUGGUUCGGUCGGCGUUGGCCGGUAACGCCGCGGGACUUACGUAGUUAGGAAGAGUUGACUGCUAAAGAGAAAAUGUCCUCUCUAGAAAAAGUUGAUGAUGCCUUAUCACCCAUCCGAGGACCUGGAGAUGGCAUGGAAACAGAGCAACCAGCUGAAUCGGUGGAAGUAAUCACUGGAGCCAACACUACAAACCAUCACAUCCACCACAGCCCACAUAAAAAAGCAGCUUCUUCCCUGAGUCCCGGAGUUCUGCAGCUGGGGAAAGUACCUGCUGAUAAAUCAGUGGAGAUUGAAGCUAUUCGUAUAUUAGUCCCAAAAGCAGCUAUCACCCAUGUUGUUCCAACUAGAAAUGCUAAGGUAGCUAAAUCAGCAGGACAUAAAGGAGACACCUUCCAUCAGUCAGAUGGAGCCACAGAUCCCAAGAAAGAACAGAUAGAGCUGAAAAAUGCAAUUGAAAAGCUAAAGAAUUCAGAAAAGCGGUUGUUGCAGGAUAAAGAAGGUCUCUCUAAUCAGCUACGUAUCCAGACAGAGGUGAAUCGGGAGCUGAAGAAAUUACUUGUUGCUUCUGUUGGGGAUGAUCUGCAGUAUCACUUUGAACGGAUGGCUCGUGAGAAAAAUCAGCUAAUCCUAGAAAAUGAAGUCCUGGGCCGCAAUAUGUCUCAGCUGUCCGAGCAAUUGGAGCGCAUGUCUAUACAGUGUGAUGUGUGGCGGAGCAAAUUCCUAGCAAGCAGGGUUAUGGCUGAUGAGCUAACCAACACCAGAGCAAUUCUUCAGCGUCAAACCAGGGAUGCACAAAGUGCAAUCCAGGACUUGCUGAAUGAACGCGAUCAGUUCCGUCAAGAGAUGAUUGAUACACAGAAGCUGCUGGAGGAGCUGAUGGUUUCUCUUCAGUGGGGGCGACAACAGACAUACUAUCCUAGUGCCCAACCUUACACUACAACAGAGCUAGCAGCUGUGAAUUGUAAGCUAGCCAAAGCUGUAAGCUCACAUCUUCUUGGAAAUGUUAGCACUAAUAGUCCAAAGAAGAGUCCAACAGCUGUGGAAUUUUGCAAUACACCUGCUGAGAAAAUGGCUGAAAUGGUGCUGCGUGUACUGGAUCCAGCUGCAUGUACAGAAACAUCAACAGAAGUUUCUUUUUCGGAGACUUCCCCAUCCUCCUUCCUUUCCACAAAGAAGAAUAUUGGAAGGUUUCACCCAUAUACAAGAUACGAAGAUGUAACUUUCAACUGUUGCAAUCACUGUCAAGGAGAGCUGAUAGCCCUUUAAAACACAGCACAUGCACUCUUGCUGAAGAAUUACACUACUUGCUGUUCAGCAGGCUUCCCUUUUUCCUAUUUCUGUCCAUAAUGGGUAGGUUUAACAUUGGAAAUGAUGCAGUUUCUGCUUCUCUACACCUUGAAGUUGGGGACUGACAGGAUUUCUUUCGCCUCUGGCACACUUCUACUUUUCAGUCUGGAAAGCUACUUAUUUUCUUCUACAAAGGCAAGACCAAAAAUAUUAUGCUGGUCCAGUUUGUAAAGCAUAGAGAUGCCCUUGAGUAUUUAAGGUUUACAGUCUUACUAGGAAAUCACAAAGAAUUUUUCUUUAGAGGGGGACAAAAGCAUACUAUACCAAGGUAAAUGAAGUACUGACAGGUUAUCAUUAAAAAAAAAGCAAUUAAAAAUGGUCAGCUCUGUGCUUUUUUUUUUUUGAAGUCUUAGCUAAAGUGACAAACUGUCCCCAAGUCUGUGUUCAGCCUUUUAAAUUUUGUAAUAAAAAGGACCAUGUGCAAUGAUUCUUCAUAGCUGUAAGUUCUGAAAGUAAGAGCCUGUGCAGUGUUGCAGCCCUUCUGGCAAGGAGAAAGAGCUUGAAUGAACUCUAGCUUUAAAUAGUAACUGGUUUCAUAUGAAUUCUGGAAAACUGUGUGGGGUGAGAUUGUUUCCGUGAAGCUGUAACGGCUUUACCAUCUAUUUCAGCUUCUGGAGGGAAGCUGUUGCAGAGCUAAGCCUCAGCAAAGACAGACUGACAGACCUUUAGUACAGAGUGUCAAAACCUGACCUAGCAUUAGAACUCAGUCCUUGCCCAAGGUCUUCCUGGGUGCUACAGGAAGCUGAAGAUAAGCACUAAAUUUGCACAGCUACUGGUUAAAAAAUAUAUAUUUUUUUACUUAUAUGGUUUUAUCGUCUUGAUGGAGGUUC